AUGGAAGACACCCUCGCGACAGUGUCCCCAACCGUCACAGAGGCCGAGCCAUCCGCGGACGUGGCAGUGAACUCAACCUCUGAGAAAAGCCUAGCUGUGAAGACUGAAGAAGAAACGGAAUCUAUUCCGAGAAGUUUGGAUCCUUCUAAGAUGUCGGUACCACCAGCAUUGCCCGUGAGAGCACACGAUGAUGGCCUUGAGCCAGCACAAAAUAGCAUAGCGGACACUACUGCAUCAUCUGUGAGGUCGAUAAGGUCAGACGGACUAGCAUCAGAAGCUAUUCCACCUCAGUUGCCUGCCAGGCAUCCAAGAGGCGAUAUGGAAGAGAUCGAGCUAGAUUCUCCCAAACUUCCACCUCGAAGAACUGAAGCCUCGCCUCUUCUGUCUCCUCCUCCAGAACUACCCUCGAGAAAACAUAGAAAUGAGAGAAUAACAAGUCUUGCCAGCGACUUCCAAUUCACCGGUUUUGCGCAAAAACAGCGGAGUAUUUCCGGACUGUCUACGCCUGUUGAGCCCCAAUGUGAAGAGAUUGAUGCUUCCAAGUAUAAAGCUGAUUCUACACUUUUCGGGUUCGUCGCACAAUUGGAACUAGUUGAUGAGUAUGUGGAACUCUUGAGGGAUACUGAGGAUGCUGCUGACGAUUACACAGUGGACCUUGGUUGGGAGGGAAUACUGGCGGAUUUAGACGAGAGAAGAGGGCUCGAUUCUUUGUAUGAAGAUAUGGCUGGGGGGAAGGCCAAAGGAUUCGAAUGGUGGUUCACUAAGAGUUAUUUGAGUGAGUCGUCGAAUCCAAUCGAUGGUAAAUGGAGCAAUCUAUUGAACUCUUUUGAGUUUGGAACCCCAAACGAUGACAAAGUUCGCCAGUUUCUUCAGUUCUCAUUGAACAAAACCCCAGCUUCGGAACUGGCUUACCGAAUAAUCAGAAGUACUGAGUUCUUGGAUCCUCUGUUCUUAAUUUCCACGUUGGAAUCCGAACCUGGACUCGCAAAAAGUCUAACAUCUGCGCUCGAAGAGGAAUCUCUAUUCGGUAGCGUCUCUCCUCAAUUCCAAACGCAGAUACUUUUGAGAGGAUUUGAUCCAUUGCUGGAGCAAAUAGUGCUCAAGAUUCUAGAAUCACAAAGUUUUGAUAUCGGAAGCUUCAAUGACCUUUUUUCCGGAACGCCUCCAAGCAUAUUCAUCCCCCAUUACGCUAUCUGGAAGGAAUACCACAGUCUAAAACAUGGCCUGAAGUAUCCAGAAAAAUCGAGACAGGUAUCCACGAAACUUGCCAACAAACAAAGACACCUUUUGAGCAAGAAAGAGAAGAGCCAACAGCAGUACAACGAAUUGCUGAAUAACUACCAACAGCUCAACGAGGAGAGGUUUCACAAUGAAAGAUUGAUCGGAAAUCUGUCAAAGGCCAACGAUAAACUGAAGGCAGAACUCGCAACAAGAACGCGGGAACUGAAUUCCAUGCUUUCCAACUUUGACGUUAUCAAAAUUAACAAUGACAAGAACCUUGGGAUCGCCAAGAUCAAUUUUGAUCUCUCGAAGGAAGUGGCCGGACUACAGAAAGACGUUGCUGCAUUGAAGCAGGAAAUUGAAAAGAUCAAGAAGUGA